AGAUAUGUCGUCACGUCUGCUAUUCAUACUUGUCUGAAUUCGACCCGAUCUAUACCUUCGAGGCAAUGUACUUCAAAUGCAGCUUAAAGGCGAAAAGCGCCUGAGCGCUUUUUGGACACGCCUGUGCCAACUUCGUAGUGUCGCACCUUAGAAUUAUAACGUCCCACACGUGGCCACGUUGUUCGUUGCUGCUUCCUGAACACCGGACCGGAAGGAAUCUUCCGUUCUACCGGCUUCGGAGAGGCAUACCUAGGGCGAGGAGAAAUCCCCCGAUACCAAACCGCGCAACAAGCAAAACUCUUUCGAGGGUUUCAAUUGCCGAGUCGCCAUGUCGGAAGGAUUUGGCGCCGGUUCGCAGCAAGACGAUUUUCUUCAGCAACAACAAUCGCAGCAGCAGCAGUGGUCCUCCUACACCGUGAUGGAUUCGUCCCGCGUCUCGACCUGUCUCAUCUCGAUGCUGCUGAUCGUGUACGGGAGCUUUCGCAGUCUGAACAUGGAACAGGAACAGCGCGAGAAGGAGAAGAAACGGCAGAGCGAAAGCAUGAACAACCUCCUCACCGGGGAACCGGUACAACCGGAACAGAAUAAAUUUGCAACGCUGGACACGAUGCACGCCCUGUGUCUUCCGCUGGGAGCCUCCAUCUCUCUAUUGGUUAUGUUUUUCUUCUUCGACUCCAUGCAAAUGCUUUUUGCCGUCUGUACAGCCAUUAUUGCCACCGUUGCCCUGGCCUUUCUACUCCUCCCUAUGUGUCAGUACAUCAUACGGCCAUGUUCCGAUGGCAAUCGGAUAUCGUUCGGCGUUUGUGGACGCUUCACGGCAGCCGAACUGUUCAGCUUCUCGCUGGCCGUAUCCAUAGUCUGCAUCUGGGUUCUGACCGGACACUGGUUGCUCAUGGAUGCCAUGGGCAUGGGCCUUUGUGUAGCGUUCAUAGCCUUCGUCCGAUUGCCCAGUCUGAAGGUGUCCACGUUGCUGCUGACCGGGCUGCUCAUCUACGAUGUGUUCUGGGUGUUCUUUUCGUCGUACAUUUUUAGCACAAACGUCAUGGUUAAGGUAGCAACCCGACCGGCGGAUAAUCCGGUUGGAAUCGUCGCACGAAAGCUGAAUCUCGGCGGUAUCGUAAGGGAACCGCCCAAGUUGAAUCUCCCCGGAAAGCUGGUAUUUCCUAGCAUUCACAACAGCGGACACUUCUCGAUGCUCGGUCUGGGCGACAUUGUAAUGCCCGGCCUGUUGCUGUGUUUCGUGCUGCGUUACGACGCGUACAAAAAAUCUCAGUGCACCCAGACGGCCGAAGCGGGCGUUCCACCACCGAGAGGAGUCGGUUCUAGACUUACUUAUUUCCAUUGUUCCUUAUUAGGUUAUUUCCUCGGUUUACUAACCGCCACCGUUAGCUCGGAAGUAUUCAAGGCAGCUCAACCUGCACUGCUGUACCUAGUACCGUUCACAUUGCUACCUCUGUUGACCAUGGCAUAUCUGAAGGGCGACUUGAGGCGGAUGUGGAGCGAACCGUUCAUCAUACAGCAAGCAUCCAAACAGUUGGAGGUUUAAGUCAGCAUUUAAAAUACCCUCUGCGCUUUGCGCCCGCGUUCGGUCCGUUUCGGAAAGCAGAUUAGAACAACCACAAGCAUCAAGAUAGUAUUAGAAAACAAAAACACUCAUUAUGCAUGUAGAUGUUGAACUUUCUCUAAUGGAUCGCAGAACAAAAAAAAAACAAACAAACAAUUCUCUAGAGAACAAAUUAAGUAAAGAACAAGGAUUUACAUAUAGCAAAUAAGUACUCAUAAGUAUAAUAUAUACAUUAUAUGUAAGUGCUAAGAUAAACAGAAUCCCUUUCUGAUGUGAGUGUAUUUAGUAAGGAAAAAAGAGCAAGCAAAAACAACUUGAUCUACAAGAUGAUAUCUUGACAACGUUGAAUAUGCGAAAUGUAGAGUAUAAAAAAGACAAAAAAUAAUUAAUCGGCUCCAGGCAGAGAUGGAAGGAAACAUUCUUUUAUGCCAAGAAUACUAGAGAAACGGUACAUGAUGAACAAACGCUACGAAUCCAGUUAUGGCUUAAAUGCUGAAUGUAAAAAUUAAAUCAAUGAUAAAAAGAUUUGUAAUGUUUUUAUCAAUUUUUAUCAUUUCCGAAGACUAGCGAAAGAAAAAAUAUCUGUUUGGUCUGUUUCAAUCAAAGCACAUACUUUCGGUUCAACCAUGUAAGCCAGACUUUCCAGGUUCAGAUUAUAUAGUUUAUCGAACGUCAGAGAAGUAAGACUUCCGCGAUUUAACUUUAUACCAACCAAACUACAUCAAACAGUUAAUAUGCAAUCACUCGUAUUUCCGAAUCUUCAUUUAAGUUUCUUCAUACAUAUGUCGUCAGUGUCGAAUAGAAAAUGCUUUUCGAAUUCACCAAAUAAACAAACAAAAAAAAUGUAAGGUACCUCAAUCAAAAUCAACAUUAAAAUUCUGCUCCGCCAGCCUGCCUGUAAGACAAAUAUGGCACCAGAAAGUCAAAUUAUUAGUAACACUAGUGUUGGCGUAAACUUAUCGGACAAACAGGUUACAAUUGGAGAAAAGUCGGAAUGUUCUUUUUUUCUUAAUUUAAAUUUUUAGCCUCUCAGUGUUAGAGCAACCAUUUUUUUCCAAAACAAAGACAUCCAAAUAGUUGAACAUCAAAAUUUGAAGACAUCUCAUCCCAUCUCACCUAAAAACAUACAUUUAGCUGCAAUACUCUAACCCGCGGUUGAUCCCCUGUGUAAUAAGUGAAACUGUUAGAACAACAAACAAUAUAAACAAAAUGUGAUAAUUUUGAUUUAUUUCCGCACUCUCUGUGUAAUUGCCUAUAUAAAAAUAUCUCGAAUGUAUACUUCAUGAUUUUUUUUUUAUUUUUAAAUAGAAAAGUCUGUUUAAAAUAGUGAAAUAAAAGCGUUUUUGAACA